AUGUCCUCUCAAUACGCCAGCGAGCCCAAUCCCACUGCGUCGGCCACGCUCAACACCACGGUUGGACCCAUCCAGAUUGCGCUCUUCGCAAACCAGACCCCUCUCACUUGCAAAAACUUCCUCCAGCACUGCAAGGACAACUACUAUGCCGACACAAUCUUCCAUCGAGUGGCCCCCGACUUUGUGAUCCAGGGUGGUGAUCCCACCGGUACUGGCUCCGGCGGAACUUCCAUCUAUGAAUACCCGGAAUUCGAAUUUGACCCCGAAGCUCGGGACCCGGAUGAGCGGGUAGUUCUACGCGAUGAGCUGCACAGUAGGUUACGUUUUAAUCGACGUGGCUUGCUAGGAAUGGCCAAGAGUGAGGACGGGACUUACGGCAGUCAAUUUUUCAUCACGCUAGCGAAUACGGAACGUGAGAUGAACGGAAAGUGUACAAUUUUUGGAAGAUUAGAGGGGGACAGCAUCUACAAUGUGUUGAAGAUUGCAGACGCGGAGCGUAUUGCGGGCACUGAGCGUCCUGUUUAUCCGAUCAAAGUGACCUCCUGCGAGGUAGGAGAGCUAGGACCGCUGGAGGGCAAGUUGAAAGAUAGAAAGACAGUCUCAACAACUGCCGGAAAGACAGAGAAGGCUCCAUCCAAGAAAAAGAAGAAGGCUACAAAAGGCGGGAAGACGCUUCUGAGCUUUGGAGACGAGGGAGACGAGGAGAUUCCCAUGCGCCCAGCGAAGCCGAAAUUCAACACCAAUUUGGUAGUGGAUGCGCCAGGUGCAAAGCCCGAAAUAUCAAACCCCCAGCGCCGAGCAGAAGCCCCAUCACAGCCGCGCAAACGGCCCCGGUCGCCAUCUCUAGAUCGAGCACCGUCUGCAGAGCGUAAAAAGCGGCCAAAGACACCAGAGCCAGAGGCACAACUCCCCCUGCCUGACCCUGAGUCCCUUGCUCGGUCUCCAACACCAGAGGACCCACCCGCAAAGGAGUCCAAGCUGUCGCGGACAAACGCUCAGAUUGCCGCUCUGAUGGCUUCAAUGCGCCGUGACGUCGAUGUCAAUCCUAAGACAAUAGGCCGAAAGAAAUCUGCUCUAGAAGCUAUGAUCCCCGAGACCUCAAUUCGAGGUCGAAAACGGCCACCUCCAGGGACGGCAAACGGCUCCAGUCGCAAUGGGACAGGACCCAGUAGCGCCGCUGAGCGAGAAGCACUGCAGCUCUUCAACGCCUUCAAAGCCAAGCUCGAAGGCGCUAAACCCGCACCAAUUACCAGAACAUCACAAAGCAAAAGUCACACCGACAAUGACACCAAAAAUCAAAAGGAAGAUGAAGAAGACGAAGAGGCCCAACUCUGCGACCUGCACUUUAUUGCGAACUGCCAAUCCUGCCAAGCAUGGAAUGACCCUAAGGUAGAAGUGGACGACCCCGAACAGCAAGACGGAGGUUGGCUCUCGCACGAACUCCGCUUUGGGAAAGAUACCCUAGGCAAAGACUUGAACUGGAAGCGCGAGCACGGAGGUGAGGCAGACUCACUCAUGGUGAUUGAUCCUCGUGAACGAGAGAAGGAGGUGGUUGGACGAAAGCGGGGAUUCCAGCGUGAUAGAGAGCGCGAGCGUAAACGGGAGCGAGUAAGUGACUUGGAAUGGGACAAGGGGCGUUGA